ACCUGCGUUCCUCCGUCAGUCAGUUGAGACAUGGCCAAGCUUUGAAAGCAAUCAACAAGAAGAUGGACAGCACGAGCAUGGGGAACUACGACCAGAACUAGUCUCAAUUAAUGUAGUAGAAGAUCAGCCUUUGAUAGAUCUUAGCCGUUUUUCAAAAUGGGAACGCCUACACCGAAGUGUGGCGUACGUUAAGCGAUUUGUAAAUAAGUUAGGUGGCAUCCCUAUUAGAGGUAGCCUUAGCACCGACGAGUUAGCCUGGAGCGAGACCUAUUUAUAUCGCCUUGCCCAAGCCCAAGCCUUUCAUAAAGAAAUUAAAAUGCUGCGUCAGAACCCAGCAUGCUCCAUGCCUAAAACAAGCCCUAUACGUAAACUCUCGCCGUUUUUAGACCAGAAAACGACAGUAAGAAUGCGCAGUCGACUAGAAAGAGCAGAUUUUAUAAGUAAUGAUAUGAAAAACCCAAUCAUACUACCGAAAGUGCAUAUGAUCACUAGACUGAUAGUCGACUGGUAUCAUAGAAAGUGGAAACAUUCAAACCAUGAGGCCGUAAUCAAUGAACUGUUUCAGAAGUUCUAUAUACCAGGGUUGAGAACGUUAUUACGGUCGGUGCGAAAACAUUGUCAAGUGUGCAAGAUUAACGAGGCUCGUCCGCAUUCACCCGAGAUGGCCGACCUGCCUGAAGCACGGUUGUCGCCCUACACCCGACCGUUCACCCACGUAGGGGUGGAUUUUUUUGGACCUUUCUUGGUUACCAUCGGAAGGCGCACUGAAAAGCGCUAUGGUGUGGUGUUUACAUGUAUGACGUGCCGCGCGGUGCACGUCGAAAUGGCAUACAGCCUGACCACCAGCUCCUGUUGUAUUGUUGUGCGCAACUUCAUCGCACGAAGAGGGACUCCGAGACAGUUCUUUAGCGACAACGGAACAAAUCUGAGAGCGACGGAAAAAGAGCUGCGAGAAUCGCUAUCGCAAGUUGACUUUGCAGGCCUAGAAGCUGAGUUUACCAACACGUACACCAAAUGGACAUUCAUUCCACCCGCAACGCCUCAUAUGGGAGGGGCAUGGGAGCGCAUGGUGCGCUCUAUAAAGGUGGUUAUGUACCAGAUUGUGACGCCUGCAACAAGAAUGACUGAUGAAAAGCUCCACAACCUGUUCCUCGAGGUGGAACAAAUAGUAAACAGCCGACCUUUAACGUAUCUGGCCCUCGACACUGCCGACCAAGAGGCACUAACACCCAACCAUUUCCUGCUGGGCUCAUCGUCGGGUCUCAAACCAGUUGGGAAGCUCAAAUGCGCCUACAAUGGGCAAUGUUUUCUAGGCCGUCUUCAGACGCUAAUCUGAAGGCGUUUAGCGAUUGGCUUUUCGACUUGGCAGACGCUGCCAGCAACGUUACAUCAGUUCUUUCUGCUAGCAAUCCUGAGUCGGAGAAACGCAAAGCUCAUCGGGUAAGUGUUCAUGCGGAGGAGAAGAAUGCUAGCAGAGAAUUCACCGAACGGGUUAAACCCAAAUUAUCAUGCUAUUUAUGCAAAGAAUCUCAUGUUAUUUUAAAAUGCGAUAAGUUCAAAAACUUAGGUUAUGACGAAAAAUGGAAUGAGGUACGUAGGUUGCAGCUUUGUAGGUUAUGUUUACGAAAACACGAUGCGAGAAGCUGUCGUGAGAGGAAAGCAUGCGGCGUGAACGGUUGCACCUACAAACAUCACCCGCUUUUACACAAAACCUUCGAUGCUCAAACAGCAAUGGUGGCUCAUCACAAAGAAGUAAGUAACACGCUUUACCGUGUUGUACCAAUAACGAUUUAUGGAAGAGGCACGUCAUGUGACGUUUAUGCCCUUUUAGACGAUGGAUCCGGCCCAACUCUUAUUGAGAAAAGUGUGUUGCAACGUUUGCAGGUGCAAGGUGCUAAAGCAGAUUUGUGUCUUAAAUGGACAGACGGCACGGUACGUGUACAGCGGGACUCCGAUAGGAUCGAUUUAGAUGUAUCGCCGCGUGGGAAGCAAAAGAGGCUUACUCUGCGUAACGUACGCUCCGUGGAUGCGCUUGAUCUUCCACUUCAAACAAUGGAUAUUACGGAGCUUGCAGGAUUACAUAAACAUCUAAGAGGAAUUCCAGUUGAGUCAUACCGCAACGUUGUGCCACAAUUAAUAAUUGGAUUAAGCAACAAAAAUGUGAUGAUGCCACUUAAGUUUCGUGAAGACAAAGCGCAUGAGCCAGCUGCCACCAAAACCCGCCUUGGAUGGACCGUUUAUGGUGUCAUAAAUACCGACGAACAACAGAACGUUGACAAUAUGCAGCUACAUGUUUGAGAGUGUGAUGACGAUGUAGCCUUGCAAAAGUUGGUCACAGAGUACAUGUCCCUGGAGAAAAAUUGUAAUGGCCGGGAA